UCAUCUGUCACGUAUGGCAAUAAUUGUAGUCGGUAAAUGCGUAAACGCCAUAUCAGUCAAUAAUUGAUAUCAAAAUAUCGUAUAGAGUAUAUUUAAAUUUCUUUAAUAUUUUCCUUUUAUCAAAACGCUACUAAUUGUUAAUAAUUUAUGAUUUGGAGAUAAAAUUUAGUGUUAAAAAAAAUGGGAGGUGUAUUUAGUUAUUUUCGCAAUUUACUCGGCAGUCGGGAAAUGCGAAUUUUAAUUUUAGGUUUGGACGGAGCUGGAAAAACGACAAUUUUAUACAGGUUACAAGUUGGAGAAGUUGUGACAACAAUUCCUACAAUAGGUUUUAAUGUAGAACAAGUAACAUAUAAAAAUUUAAAAUUUCAAGUAUGGGACCUUGGAGGACAAACUAGCAUAAGACCUUAUUGGAGAUGUUAUUAUUCAAAUACAGACGCAAUUAUUUAUGUUGUCGAUUCCGCCGACAGAGAUAGAAUAGGAAUAUCAAAAGACGAAUUACUUUAUAUGUUGAGGGAGGACGAGUUGCAAAAUGCAAUUUUAGUAGUACUAGCAAAUAAACAAGACAUGCCUGGCUGUUUAACAGUAGCCGAAGUUCAUCAAGCGCUUGGACUUGACGCAUUAAAAAAUAGGACUUUCCAAAUUUUCAAAACAUCAGCAAAAAAAGGCGAAGGACUCGAUCCAGCCAUGGAUUGGCUUUCGAAUGCACUUCAAGCUAGAAAAUGAAGAAAAUACUUUUAAAAAAAAGCAAAAAGAAAAAAAAAGAACGAUUAUAUUGAAAACGUUUCGAGUCGAAUAACUUCCAUCAAGAAAAAAAAAAUAUGCAAUCCGACUAGUCACGUGACUAUCAUUUAUUACAUUAAAAAGAAUUAAAAUUUUUAUACGCGAUAACACAAGAGACUUUUAUAAUAAUAUAUAUUGCGUGACAAAUGGUAAAUCGCCUUAUACUCACGAGAUUCAAUAAGAUUCCAUUUUUUUUUUUAAUUUUAUUUUUAUCAUCGCGAUCAAUAAUUUUAAUUCUAUUCAUUUUUUCUUUUCACUAUUUUGAAAAAAAGAGAAAAGGAAGUAAAAACAAAAACUAAUUCGAGAAUAAUUUUAUUCUUGUUUGCAUCAAUAGAAAAAGAAAAAUUCACUUUCAAAGGAUGAAAUUGUCUUUUUUUCUCCUAUUUUGAGGGAGGAAAAAAUUUUCUAUUUAUUCUAUGAAAAAAAAAACAAUCGUUUUUAUAUCAAGAUAUUGAGAAAAAUAGACAAAUUUUUCCCAAUGAAAUUUUACUAAAUGAAUUAAUAUCACUAGAAUUUUUUUUAAUUCAUCAUGAUGAAAAAUGUUAAUUUUUCUUGUUUUUCGUAGAAAAAUAUUUAAUUUAUUAGUUUAGGAAAAAAAAAUAGAAAAAAUAGAAAUUUUUUCAUUGCACGGAAAUUCAAAACCCUAAAGAAAUAAAUGAAAACAAAAAUUGUAAAUUGAAAUCAUUAAAAAUUUUUUUUUUAACAAUACCUUAAAAAAGCAAUUUUUAGUUUUCUUUUUAAAUUAAUUAAAUUUUCCAAACUAUUGGAAUUAAAAAAUUUUUUUUUUUAAAUAUCUAAAAUUACUUUUUAUUAAUUUUAUUUAUUCUAGAAAGAGAAUAAGAAAAAAAAUUUUUUUUCUUCCAAAAAUCGUAAAUAAAUUUUACAAAUAAAUUAACCAAACAUUUUUCUAUUCAAAUUUUUUUUACUGAAAACAAAAUCAAUGCCAAAAAAAAAGGGAAAAAUUAAUAUUUUUCAACUGUAAAUAGGAAUAUUACCUGAAAUGAACAUUCUCAUAGAAAAAAAAGAAACAGAAAAAAAAUAAUAAUAAAAAGAAAAAAUUGUUAUAACAAUUUAUUUAAGUAAAUUAUUAUUUUUUAAACUUAAUUUAUAAAAAAAAAAUAUUUCCAAUAAUGAUAAAUAAUUUUUAUGUAUUAACUUUUUUGACAAAACGCAACUAAAAGAAAGACAAAAAAAAAAUUUUUUUUUUUAAUAUACAAUUUUUUGACUAUUUAGAAAAAAAUAUUAAAAACUUUAAUUUCAACCUUAAAAUCAAAGAAUUCUUCUUCAAUUUUAUAAAAUCUUUUCCCAUAGGAAAAACAAUUAGAAAAAUUUCAUUCUGUAAAUUAAAAAAAAAAACAAAUUAUUUAUACAUAUACAUUAUAUAAAAAAAAUAAUGUUCAAGUACAAUAAUUAGAAUUUAAUUUUCAACAAAAUCGAAAAAAAAAAUUUUAAUUCCUUUUAUUUGUAUUAGAAUGUGCGUAGAAUUGUAGAGUGCUUGCGACAGUACUACAGUUGUAAUUGAUGUGUUUUUUUUACCAGAUUUUUCACCGCCAAAGAAAUUUUCGCGAUAUGUGAAACUUUUUAAAGAGAAAAAAAAAAAUUUAGAUAGAAACUUUGUCACAGAAAAAAAUUUUUUAAUUUCAUUUUUUAACUUUGUAUACUUUUUAAAGAAGAAAAAAGGCGCGCACUUUUAUUUUCCUUGCUCUUACGGAUAUAUAGUAUAUUUCAAAAAAAAAUGAAGAUAUUUUUUCACUUUGUGAAAAGAAACUAAAACAAAAAAAAUGAUACAAAAUAAUUCGGGGAGAGAAGGGACUAUUGGGUGAUUCAAUAAAAAAAAAAAAAAAAAAUGAAAUACACACCACACAGGAGGAGACUUUUCAAUUUAGGGAUAAAAUAAUAUUAUUCACAAUUUAUUUGUAAAUUAUUGUUUAUUAUAGUAAAGAAAAUAAUUUUUAAACCAAA